GCUACGAUUUGCCAACAUCACUGGGUAGUCUCUCUCUCUCUCUCUCUCUCUCUCUUUCGCUUUCUCUCUCCCUCUCUCUCUCUCUCUCUUCAACAUUUAUUCUGUCCACUGCUUGCAUCAAGCCAGCUCUUGCUUUCCUCUCCUCCACUCCACUCCACGAGGAUAUUUCCUCCUCCUCUUUCCAUAUCUGAACAUAUUCCUGUUUUCUGCCCUGCUUUUCCUUCAUAUCUCCUGGAAUGUGGCACUCUUUGGCUUUCACUCUAUGUGGGAUCUCCGCUUUGAUCCAGGUGUCGGUGCAGGGUCCAUACCAGCGGACCCUGUUGAAGAACCUCCUGAAGGAUUAUAACCGCAUGGAAAGGCCUGUUGCAAACGACUCUCAACCUCUCACUGUCUUUCUGUCUAUGAGCUUGAUACAGAUCAUGGAUGUGGAUGAGAAAAAUCAAGUACUGACCUCCAAUAUCUGGCUUAACAUGCACUGGUAUGAUCAUUAUCUGCAGUGGAACCAGUCGGAGUACCCAGGUGUCAAAAACCUUCGCUUCACCACUGACCAAGUGUGGACACCAGACAUCCUGCUCUACAAUAGUGCAGAUGACGAGUUUGACUCCACAUUCAAAUCAAAUAUUGUAGUGAACUCCAGUGGCUACUGCAACUACCUGCCUCCAGGUAUCUUUAUGAGCACAUGUAACGUGGAUGUACGCUGGUUUCCGUUUGACAUCCAGAAGUGCGAGCUUAAAUUCGGCUCGUGGACGUUUGACGGCUGGCUGCUGGAUCUCCAGAUGAAUGACGCUGAUAUCUCAGGCUAUAUGCCCAACGGAGAGUGGGAUCUUGUGGGUGUGCCAGGCACAAGAAACGAGAUGUUCUAUGACUGCUGUAAAGAACCCUAUCCAGAUGUGACGUUUGUGGUGACCAUUCGCCGACGGACGCUCUACUACGCCUUGAACCUUCUCGUUCCUUGUGUCCUCCUUUCAUCCAUGACCUUGCUUAUCUUCCUACUGCCUGCUGACUCCGGAGAGAAGAUUUCACUAGGUAUUACAGUGCUACUUUCAUUAACAGUCUUCAUGUUAUUGGUGGCAGAAAUCAUGCCAGCAACCUCAGACUCCAUCCCGCUAAUAGGACAGUAUUUUGCCAGUAUAAUGAUCAUUGUUGGAAUGUCAGUUAUUGCCACAGUGGUUGUGCUCCAAUAUCACCACCAUGACCCCAACGGAGGGAACAUGCCCAAAUGGGUUCAGCUAGUCUUGCUCCAGUGGGUGGCCUGGUUUUUGCGUAUGAAGCGUCCUGGUGAGAGUGAAGACCCUGAGCGCCCUCCUUGUGCCCCUCACUUAAGACGUUGCUCUUCAGGUUCCCAGAUCGGCAGCCUCCCAAACGCACCCGGAUCUGCCUCUGCAGACCUCCACCACCACCACCACACGUCCUCUACGCUACACCCCCUUCAUCCCCAAAGCCUCCUUCAAGCGGCCGCUGGCCACCCCCACCAUCUUCACAACCAGACCAACAGUGCUAACAACAAUGGCAACCUGCUUUAUAUUGGAUUCUCCAGUCUCGACGAAGCUUCUCCGCCAUCUUUGCUCGCAGAGUCUGUUCAAAGAAACAGCAUGUCUGGCGGCCCUCGUACUGCGGUGGUUUCUCCUCCAGCUGUAGGCUCCAGUCCGCCACCUCACCUGCCCUCACAGUUCUGCAGCCCUCCGCCGCCUCCCGCUCCCAAUCUGGAGGCUACAGGUUGUCCUAGCACGGUGUCCGGUGGUGGCGGAGGUUGUUCUUGCUCGGGGACCAGCAGCGGAGGAGACCCACAGCUUCAGGCUAUUUUAGAAGAGGUGCGAUUCGUUGCUGAUAGGUUCCGUGGACAAGAUGAAAAUGACAGCUUGUCCGAACAGUGGAAGUUCGCUGCAGCCGUUAUCGACCGACUUUGUCUGGUGGCAUUCAGCGUUUUCAACAUCAUCUGCACCAUCUCCAUUCUCAUGUCAGCACCUAACUUUGUGGAGGCAGUUUCCAAGGACUUUGUCUGAUUGCUUUGUUGGAAGCGAACGUGCAUUCAGGAAACUUGGGUUUGACCGUAAAUGGAAACUAUUCAUUUCCCUAACUUUUUUUUCCCCCAAGAAUGUGUUUGGAAUAAUGCAGUAUCUUGAGGUCUGUAUCGAGAAGGCUUCUGAAUGGCUUAUGUCCUGGAUAUUUAAGGGGUGCUCAGGCAUCUCAAACCAAACUAUGAUGUUGGUGGAAUGCUAAAGACCUUCACUGCAAGGUGUUUGUAAAUGACAAAGGGGUUAGUUCGGUAUGAAAUGAAUGAAAAACUAAACAAAAAAAAAGUGAAACACUGAUUAUUGAUUUUUCAGCUGUGUCAAGCGCCUCAAAACCCCACAUGAACCACUGAAGAAUGACUGUCUUGUUACUCAAAAUUGUGUGACAUUGUACAUCUUACAUCCAGCACAGUGCAAAACUUCUCUAAGAUGUCAAAAUCUAUUUUGGUAAUGUUUAUCUACGGGUAGGCGAGGAGAGAGGGAGGGAGGGAAGAGCAGAAAAGACUGAGAAAUAUUGAUAAUAGUGGCAGAUGAGAGGUGAAUGGCUCAUAUAAACUCAGAUAAAAAACUAUUGUCUUAAUAAUGGAAAAUGUACUUGUUUCAAGGACAGAUAGGUGAGUUGGAGAACUGCUAGAAAGUUUGAGUUUCAGAUAAUGGAAAGAUAAAGCAGAAGUGAAAGAUGGAAUACCCCCCAGAAGUGGACAGAGAUGUAGACCGAUGGAGAGAUUAAGGCCUCACAAGAAAACGAGGCAAGAGCAGAACAAGGGUAAUGAGAGACAAAAUGAGACAAGAGUGUAUUAGAAAAAGAGACACAGUCAGCGCAAAACGAGAGAAGGAUGGGCUGAAGAAGUGGUUCACACAACUGGAGAAGAAAAUGAAAGAGUGAUGGACAGAAACAGACGGAGAAGGCGGUUGAGGGGUAAGUGAGACUCAGCAGCAUUUACUGGCAAGAGGAAGAAUGGCUUCGCAGCUUAAGAAAAAUAGCGCAUCAUGCCCUCAAAAAGCCAAACAGUUAGUGCAUCCGUCACAAAACAGAUAAGGAGAGAAAAACAUACUGCAGAAGGGAAGUGGGAGAGAGUGUGGAAAGAAAGAGUAAUAAUCCCCUGAGACAUAGCUUCUGGAGAAAUGGCACAAAGACAGUGGAGACAUAUCUCCCUUCCUCUCUCCCAUCAUCUCUGUGAAAUGACAGACAGUUUGAGGUGUUCAGACAGAGAUGAUCUUAUGAAUAACUAAGUAGGAGCAGAGCCACAACCACAGUAACUGUGCCCUGAUUCUCUACUGUUACAAAGAAACGGGUAUUUGAGGUAAAUCUCUCUUUCUUGCUCUGUUUUCCACCUACACAUACAGUAUCCUACAAAUGUUUGAAAAAACCUUGGGUAAAGUGGGGUUUUGUGCAAUAUCAGCAUAAAUACUGAUCAUCUUGUUAUGGCUUUGCAUUUAUAAGAGACUUACACAAACAAUGUAGUAACUCAAAUAUUAAUAAAUUCAGAACACACACCUUAAGCUGUUUUUAACCUGUUCCCCCUGUUUGGUCUUACAAUAAAAUCCAUAAAUGCUAUAAAGGUGCGCUGAUCCUAUAAUCUUCAAAAAAAAAAGAAACUUAGGCCAGUUUAAUUUAGCAAUAAGGCAUUACAAUCUGAAAAAUCUGGCAAUACAAUCUGUGAAAAGUAUUUAUUACGUUAUGUGAUCAAAAGGAAAAUAAUUACUGUUGGUCUUCAAACAUAAUAGAAAUUUACUUCAAAGCUUUCAUGCCAAGAAAUAAUUUGACAAGGAUUUGUGCUGAUUUUGUCUAAAACCCAACAUUAAACUUUAGAGGCUGUGUUUUUAUAUUCCACUGUACCGCUUUUCUGUAGUUUUCCAUGUAAACAUGCGCUAAAAGGAUGUUUUACCAUUGUGAUUGUGUCUCUUUUGCAGCAUCUCACGCAUUACAUUGCAUUCUAAAAAUGCAGCACUCGAGUUAUAAGUUCAACUUAAAAAAAAAAAACAUGUUUCUAGGCAUUUUCUCAUUUUUUUUAAAAAAUGCUUUCUUUGUGAAUGGCCCCUUGGAAAGCAUUCAAACCUUUGGAGGGUGCUGUACAACCAAUGAACGAAGUAGAACGAUACCAUUUCAGUUGGUUUAUUUACAACUUUAAAGCUGUUAGGUGUAAUUUCGAAAGGAAUUGAAAAAAAGUUUCCUGAUCGUUUCCUGACCAUUCCAAAACCUCCUUAAUUGUUGGUCAAUGUUAUGUUUUGUCUUGUAUCAUAAAUUGUAUUUCAGCUAAAAUCAUGCAAAAUAUGUGUUGUUCAGAUUCACGGGAUCCAUACUGAUGAGUAAUCAAACAGGAGAACUUGACUGGCUGUUUUAACUGUGAGCCAGGAGUCACAUAUUGACCAUUAUGAUUAGAUCACUCCUGUUCAUUGGAAAGCACUGGAAGCUGAGGUACGUGUUUACAGUACCUGUUUUUACAGUUGGGUUUGUUGAUGCUAGUGGUGUAGAAAUGACUCUGCUUAAAAAGUUGUAAAUAACCUGGACUGUUUCUUUGAAGGUAGAGAGGAUAUAGUUGAGUUUGAUAGAAAACAAGAAUA